AUAUAAUGCUCAUUCCUCCCUUCUAAAUCUGCAGUUAGGCAUGCCCAGAAUUAUUGAUCCUCCUUCCACCGUACCCCCAGCUCUGCAAAAUUGGAGCUGUUCCUUUUGAACACUGCUCACAGCUUCUUGGAUUUUUGGGAUUGUGUUCUGGUCACAUUUGGAUUGAGGUAAUUGUCUAUCGUACUCGGUCCUCUGUCAGUAGGCUUUCACAUUGAAAGCGAUGGUGGGGAGGUUUGACCGAAUCGUACAAGGCGUGUGAUAAUUGAAUCAACAGGCUGUCGAAGAUCAACAACUUGGAGCGAGAUGUGUUAAACAGUUCGUGAUAUGCCUGAAGUAAUGGCACUUGAUUUAGUCGAUGAGCCAGAUCUCUCGACAUUUGAGAACAAGACUGGCCUGGCCGAGGACAUGAAAUUUCUGGCGAGCAUGCCUGAGCUGUGCGAUGUCACAUUUCUUGUCGGUGACACGAGGGAACCGGUUUGUGCGGUUAAAGCAGUGCUAGCAGCUAGAAGCAGGGUUUUCCAUAAAAUGUUAUACCAAGCGCCGAGUCCUCAGAGGAAAAAGGAAGCGCCGCCGAAAGAGAACAAGCUGCGGCUUUUCCUGAAGAGAAGCUCUGAACCCCUACUCAACUUACAGAAUGCUGCAGCACAACGAGGUGGCUAUACACAACAGCUUGCCCCUAUACAAGAGCCAUCUUCUAAUCAGCAUCACACUUUGAUUAUUGAGGAAUUUGAGCCAGACGUAUUCAGGCAGUUGAUAGAAUACAUACAUACAGGAUGUGUGACACUUCAGCCUCGGACCCUUUUAGGAGUGAUGAAUGCUGCGGACUACUAUGGUCUUGAUGAACUUCGAAGAGCUUGUGCUGGGUUUGUGCAAUGCUGUAUCAAUGUUGACACAGUUUGUGCGCUUCUUGCAUCAGCCGAGCGAUAUAUACAGUAUAAGUGCACAAAAUCUCUAGUUCAAAAGGUUUUAGAGUUUGUUGAUGAGCACGGUAAUGAAGUUCUAAAUUUAGGCUCAUUCACCCUUCUACCCCAACAUGUUGUAAGGCUCAUACUUGCUCGAGAAGAGCUCAGAGCUGAUGAAUUCACCAAAUUUCAGGCAGCUCUUAUGUGGAGCAAGAAAUAUUGUGAUUCAAACCCCAACAUUGUGCUCAAAGAUGUAAUCGGGAAUUUCCUUGAAUACAUUCAAUUUCACAAGAUACCUGCAAAUGUUCUAAUGAGGGAGAUACAUCCUCUUGGAAUCGUUCCAUACAGCAUCAUUAUGAAUGCACUUGCCUAUCAGGCAGACCCCAACAGUGUAGAUCCUGGUAAACUGAGCCCCAGCAGAGUGAGACGGAGCGGAGGAAGGUCUAUGUCAGUCCAGAGCUCGCUGGACCCUUGCGGUUCUAACACAACUCUUAGUUCGAGCAACAGUAGUGAUGCCAUCUCUUCAGACAAACAUUCCUCAAACUGAAGUGGAUCCAUGGUGAGGGCAGUAAUUGGCGAUUAUCACACAUAAAUUACGUCUUCCACUGAAAAAAAUUAACACAAAACAAAAAAGUUGGUUUUAUCUCUCUCCGAUUUAUUUCCAUUUUUAUUUGGAUCCAUUUCCGUUCAGACGGUUGAUUUUAUUUGCAUUCCAAUCCUGUUAGGAUGUUUUAAUUAUUCGAAUUUAAUAAGAAAUUUAUUUUAAUGAGAAAAAUUAAUUAUCCUUUAUUAACGUUUUUAUUUCUUUUACACUGUUAAUUAUAACUAUUUUUAUCCCAAAAUUUUCUGAAUUGUACUGUUUUAUUGAAGCUGAAUAAUGUUCAACAUUUAUAAACAAUUUUAAUGAUUACAAUCAUGCUAUUACAUAAUUGCUGCUCUGCUAACUAGUUAGUCUUUGUUGUGGAUCUUGUAGUUAUUUCUUGUAAGUUAGACCUUCAUCGAGGAAGAUUUAGAAAAGCAUACAUUUAUGUGUUUCGUGCAGCUUUUUGAUUUUUUACUAGAUUAUUUCACCCAUAUGUACGAUCAUUUUCAUAUAUCUUCCAACUAAUAUCAAAUUUAACAGUGUAAAAGAAUAACAUCAAAAAUAUUAAUAAAGUUUUAAGAAAGAAUACAACGAAAACAAAAAAAAUCUUUAAAAAAUUUAAGCAAUGAAAGUGAGAUGCCUGUUUCCUACUCUUUGGACUGGUGAUAUGGUAUUGCUUGGGACAUAAAUAGUAGUUGUUAAUUUACCGGUUGUAAUCUUUUGAGCUUUGUUAGUAUGAGUUCAUUACAUUGUUGCUCGAACAUGUUUUCCGUUUUAUUUUGCAUUUGCAAUGCUGUUGUCAUCUGUGUUUUUAUGUUGCAAUCAAUAAUUGAAAUUGUCAAUAGCAGUUAGAAGAAACAAUGGUACCGAAGACCAAAGCAGAUUUAUUGCUUAUAAAACAAUAAGAAACAACAAUAGGAUAUGUGAUAGAUGUUGUAUUUGGAUUAGCGGAGUCGAGUGAAACUAAUUUUGCCUUAAAUGGAAAUUUUGAAAACAGAAUACAAUGCUUUUUUAAAUGUUGAGAUGACCGUUUGUCGUUACACUCUUGUUUCAAUAAUCUUGUUAAUGGUUUGAAGGAUUUAUGAAGUCAGACAUGUCUGGGGCUUGAAAAUAAAACAAUUGAUGUUUGAUGUUAGGUAAAAAAAAAAUAUUAUAAAUGUAAAAUGGGUUAAUAU